UGAAUGGUGUUUUGAACAGUGGAAGACAACACGUGCGCGCAUUCAACGUGCGUUUCAGUUUAGUUCUUUUUGGUUUCAAUUGCUUAAAACGUAAUAAUUUGACAAUAAAAGCUAAACAAAAUAUGGAAAACGAGCAGUCAACGGCUGCGAAACCUUUGGCUUCAAUCGUAGACCCACAAACUGCCGAAACACCUACUGAAACCGAAAAACACACCUCUGUGGCACCAGACUUAUCAACAGAUAAGGUUCGAACAACGCCCACAGAAACCUCAAAUGCAGUCGAAGAACCAAAAACAAUGGAGCAACAAGUAAAGGAUAAGUCGACAAAUGAGUCAACCCAAGUGAAUGUACUAGUUUCUGGACAGGAAAAGGUUCCGGAUUCAGUUGAAUGCGUUGCAAUGGAGCAACAGGUUGUAGGAAUGGACUGUACAACAUUCCCAGCUGCGUUCUCUCAAGAAAGCCCCAUUGAGGAACUGAAAAUGGACUGUGAUGUUUCUGCAGUAGCGGAGACCAUAGCGACAGAUUCUGAGAAAGUUCUGGCAGUCGCUCCAGGCGAAGCAGCAUCUAUUACAGCACGCAAAGAUUCAAAUACUCACUUACAUCCCGCUCCAGAACCGAACCCAAGUCAUCAGCGAAGUGGCCUUAGUCUAUUGGCUGCCUACAGCUCCGACGCUGAUGAUUCUGAUGUAGAGGAAGUAACCCCAGCUAAGGAUAGUGACAACGAAGUCGUGGAAGUACCAGUUACAGACACGGCCUCCUCCACUGCUUAUCGUCCAGUCGUGACUGUUAGCUCAGGAGGCGAAAGCUCGGAAAGCAGUAGCAGCAGUGACUCCGAUUCCGACUCCGAAGGAGAAUAUCUCGCCGUACUUCGCAAAAAGAUAGACAAAAGAAUCAACACAGUGGAAUGCGAUGAGGAUGACGAAGAUUUAGAUGAGGAUGGUGCCACAGGGGAUAGAUCUCGCCGUCGCCAACCUCCAAAGGUUCGUGGAGAAAUGCUCCUUGAUGAGUUGCCACCCAUUCAUCAGCUAGAGAUUACUGUACCCGAGGAUGAAUGCGUAGAACUGGGUAAGGUUCAAUCUAUUGUAGACCAACUCGUUUUGGUUUCCGUACUGCCGAAUUCCAUGCUUUUCGAUCUGGACACUGUUUUAUUUUUGGAUAAGGGUCGCAAGGUCCUGGGCCAAGUAUUCGAUGUUUUGGGCCAGGUGUCAGAUCCACUGUACUGCGUUCGAUUCAACAGUAACCAACAAAUCCUAGACAGAGGCAUACAAAUUGGCGAUGUUGUGUAUUGCGCUCCGAAAACCGAACACACCCAGUUUGUGAUCCUCUCAAAGCUAAUGCAAGUACGAGGUUCGGAUGCUUCAUGGGAGCACGAUGUGGAACCACCUCCGCGCUACAUAGACUACUCUGAUGAUGAUGAGGAAAGAGAAGCGAAGCAAGAACAGCGAAAACGCCGUCAAAGGGAUCGUACCAACUCUACGGACUCAGUGGACACGGUAACGUCGGUGGCAACAACUGCCACAGAGGCUUCUUCGGUGGCCCCCACUCCUCGUCAGCGAGGACGUCGUGGUCAACGAGAGAGUUUCCGGCAGAGUCAAAGACCCACCAUUUCGCAGAACAAUCAGAAUCAACCCCGAGAUCAGCAAUAUAACUACCAUCCCAGCUAUAAUCCGGGAAGCUGGCACUCCAACUACUACCAGAAUUAUCAUCAGGCUGCUGCCAAUUUCAAUAUGCAUCCACAACAACCGGGAAUGCCCUUCCCAGUUCCAAAUUAUGGCUAUGGCAUGCCCUACGCUAUGCCACCAAUGUACCCUCACAUGUACCCGCCACCUCCGCCUUUCGCUGCUCCCCCUCCUCCUCCGAACAACCAGCCCCAUCAGGGACAACCGCCUCCCAACUAGGGAGUAACACACAAUUCUGUGAAUUAUUUUUAUUAUUCCAAUAAAAAAUUUUCUUAAUUAA